AUGAUAAAUUUCAAUUUGCAGGAUUACAAUGUUGAAAAGGAUGGGAAUGGUGACAUGAUUCAAACAGUUUUAGAAGUUAAGAUAAGUCCUCAUGAUCUUGCUUUUCUACAAAAUUAUUCACAAACGAAAGGGAAAUCAACACAAAGAAAUUUAUUCAAAUUGGAAUCGAUAUUGGAAGCAGAAUUGGAAUUAUUAUUUAAAACAACACAAAAUGCUGGUAAAUCAAAUCCAUGUGAUCCAUCGAGUAGACAAUGGUAUGACAGUGUUUUGUCUUUGGUAUACACAAACAAUGAUUGUUUAAAUUAUCAUAAGGAAAUGACGAGGAAUCCGAGAGAAGAAAUAACAUUACUUCAGUGCAUAUAUGAUACAUAUGCUAUGUACACAAUUAUAAAACCUUUUAAAUUCUUUGGAAUGGCAUUGUCUGGACUCAGCGAUGAAUUUAUAGGUAAAUUUGGAUGGUUCACAAAAGAAUUAAUUGGAAUCCCUGUACUUUUAUUCGUUUUCAUAACAUUCUGUUAUUUCAUUUUGGAAUUUAUUAAAUUUUUAAUAAGUCACAGUGCUUUUAGAAAAAGCGAAGAUCAUAAACAUUCGAUUGAAUUUGAUUUGAAAAAAUUGCAAGUAUUUUUUAUAUGA